UCCCCACAGCUGCGAGCUGAAGCGGGGAGGGCGAAGCAGAGCAAAUCGUGUAUGCAAAGGCUGGGGAGUCAUUAAUUCCUUAUUUAUUGCCGACACCCGGCACUCGCCCAACGGACCGAGCUCCCUCCGGAGAAGGAAGCGGCGUGUCGGGGUGCCAUGGCUUUCUCCCAGGUGCAGUGCCUGGAUGACAGCCACGUCAACUGGAGGUCCAGCGAGUCCAAGCCUGAGUUCUUCUACAGCGAGGAGCAGCGCCUGGCCCUGGAGGCGCUGGCCUCCCGCGGCCCCGACGCCUUCUACGAGGUCCUGAAGAAGGAGAACAUCAGGGACUUCCUCUCCGAGCUGGAGCUAAAGAAGAUCCUGGACACGCUCGAGACCUACGACCCCGGCUCCGAGUACAUCCCGCGCCACGGCAGCAGCACCGGGGAGAGCGAAGGCGACGGCGACAGCCAAGGGGACGAGCAGGGGGUGGCCCCGUCCCUGGAGUACUGGCCGCAGAGGUCCGACCGCUCCAUCCCCCAGCUGGACCUCGGCUGGCCCGAGACCAUCGCCUACCGCGGGGUGACCCGCGCCACCGUCUACAUGCAGCCGCCCAUCGAGGGGCAGGCGCACAUCAAGGAGGUGGUGCGCAAGAUGAUCUGCCAGGCUCAGAAGGUCAUCGCAGUGGUCAUGGACAUGUUCACCGACGUAGACAUCUUCAAGGACCUCCUGGACGCGGGUUUCAAGAGGAAAGUCGGCGUCUACAUCAUUUUGGAUGAGACCAACGUCAAGCACUUCCUGCAGAUGUGCGAGCGAGCGCAGAUGCACGCCGGACACUUGAAGAACCUGCGAGUCCGCAGCACGGGGGGGACGGAGUUUUUCACCCGCUCAGCCACCAAGUUCAAGGGGGCUUUGGCCCAGAAGUUCAUGUUCGUGGAUGGAGACCGGGCCAUGUGCGGAUCCUACAGCUUCACCUGGUCCGCAGCGCGGACGGACCGAAACGUCAUCACGGUGCUCUCGGGCCAAGUGGUGGAGGCGUUCGACAAGCAGUUCCAGGAGCUGUACCUCAUGUCCAAGGGGGUGAGCCUCAAGUCCAUCUCCAUGGGCCAGGAGCCCGAGCCCGAGCCCGUAACGCUGCCCUCCGUCGUGCCGGUGACCCCGGCCAACGCCGUGGUGAAGAAGCUGAUAAACCCCAAAUACGCCCUGGUGAAGGCCAAGAGCGCGGAUCAGAUCAGCAAGACUUCCUCCGAGAACCAGGACAAAAACCAGAAGACGGACAACAAGGGCAAAGCCCUGCCCGAGGGCCAAGCAGGGGACAGGCACGGCGACGCGGCGGACCUCUCCCUGCUCAUCCACCCCGGCCUCCUGAACCUGGAGAAAGCCAACAUGUUCGACUACCUGCCCACCUGGGUCGAGCCCGACCCCGAGCCCGGGAGCGAAGUCUUGGGUUACAUCAACAUCAUCGACCCCAAGAUAAAGAACGUGAAGCUCUCACAGAUGAACCGCAUCAAAGUCUGCGACGUCUCCCAGGCCAGCGCGCAGCACCGGCAGUUGCUGAAGUACAGGGAGCUGGAGGCCAAGAAGAGCUCAGACCAAGAGCCACCCCCGGUGUCCCCCUGUCCCAGACAGACCCCACAGGUCCCUGCAGAAGUUCCUGUGGCGCCCACCCCCAGCCCUGUCGAAGGCAGCAGCUGGGUGACAAAGCAAGCAGGGACAUCGGCCGCUCCGCCGCUCAGCCACCGCUUAAAACCACCCGAGGAGACGCCCGAGGAAGCCAAGCCCCCGGUUCCGAAGCCAAGGACCGUCCCUGCUGGAAGUCUGGCAACCAAAGCCAUCGCGCCCUGCGACAGCGGCGCUGUCCCCGAGGGGGACACGCAGCCACCGGCAGCCGACCCCGUGGCUGCGAGGCAGGAACCGAAGGAGAACCCCGACGGGGCCCCACCGGAGAGCUGCCGUCCCCCUCCAGCAGCGGGGCCCCAGGAGGACAGAGGGCCGCCCUGCGCACACAACGGGCUGGGGGAAGAGGAGGAAGAGGAGGAGGAGGAGUACAUAACCCUGAGCGACCAGGAGAGCUACUCCAGCAGCUCCGCCGACCACAGCUACCGCCGCUCCAACGCCUCCUCCAUCUCCGACGAGUACUUCGAGGUGAGGGAUCGCUACGGGCCGCUCCGGCGAACCAACUCGGACGUCACCCACAACGGGGAGUUCCUGCCCGUGCAGAGGAAGCUCAGCGACCCCCACAUCAGCCGGGGCUCCUUCCUCAGCCCGCUGGGGAGCCUCCCGUCCCUGAAGCACGUCCGCGCGGAGGACGCGGCCAAGCGGAGGAGCAACGCCGUGGAGAUCAGGUGUGUGCUGCCCCGCGCCAUCCUGGACGGCAACAGCUCCUAUCCGACCAGCGCAGCACAGGGGACGCACAUCUACCGCUACCUACCCAGGAACCCUGCAGGCAGAGAGCAAGGCAAGGAGGUCUCCUGCUCCCCACCGUGCGAGAAAGCCCUCGGGGCCAGCAAGUACAGAGGGGACGGAGCCGAGCCCAAAAAGACCAUUGCAGGCAGCCAGCCCUACUGGCAGAGCAAAGCCUUCAGCCCCAGCAAGCCGGCGCGGCCCAGCCACCUCUCCCCCAGCAAGCCCAGGGUGGCAGGCAAGCCCCUGACCUCCCUGCCAGAAAUCCAGAAGGCAGCCGAGGAGAUGAGGACGCCCCUCGGCAUCCCGCUCUCCAAACUCUCCCAGUCCAAGCACCUCAAGAACAAGGUGGUGGCAGCCCCGGGUGCUCCCACCGACUCCAAAAAGAAGCCCCCCGAGCCCACCAGCCAGAAGGAGCAGUAGGCGCUGCCGCAG